UCACUUCACAUAAAACAUUCCAAUUUGUUGAAUUUUUUUUUUUUGGUAUUUUGGUUAAGAUGUUCAAAGAGAAAAUCAUGGUGGAAGUCACUUUUGCUAUUGCUUUGCUUUGUUUUCUUCUUUUCUCAAAUGUAUGUAGAGCAAGCCCUAUUGGAGUAAAUUAUGGAAGGGUAGCAAACAAUUUGCCAUCUCCCUAUGAUUCAAUAGAAUUAUUGAAAAAUAUGAAAGCUGGUAGAGUAAAAAUUUAUGAUGCAAAUCCAGAAAUACUUAGAUUAUUAUCAGGUACAAAUCUUCAAGUUUCAAUCAUGGUACCAAAUAAUCAAAUCUCAGUUGUAGCAGCAAAUCAAACAGCUGCAAACCAAUGGGUACGCGACAACGUUCUUCCAUAUUAUCCAAACACCAUGAUUCGAUACAUUUUAGUAGGUAACGAAGUCCUAAGUAACAAAGACGAUCAAGGUUUAUGGUAUGAUCUUAUACCCGCGAUGAAUAAUAUUAGAAAUUCUAUCGAUCAACAUAAUAUUCACAACAUUAAAAUUGGUACCCCUUUUGCUAUGGACCUAUUGGAAACAACAUUUCCACCUUCGAGUGGUGAAUUUAGGUUAGAUAUAUCAAGGAAUAAUAUAUUGAUGCCUUUGUUGAGAUUCUUGAAUUGGACUAGGUCAUAUUUUUUUCUUGAUGCCUACCCUUAUUUUUCAUGGUCACAAAAUACAUCUUUUAUAAGUCUUGAUUAUGCACUAUUUCAAGGAAGUCAAACAUACGUGGACCCCGUGAGUGGUUAUGUGUACACAAACCUAUUGGAUCAGAUGCUUGAUUCAGUCGUUUUCGCCAUGCAAAAAUUAGGGUUUAACAACAUCCGACUGGCAAUAGCUGAAACCGGAUGGCCUAAUGGAGGCGAUUAUGAUGAAAUUGGUGCUAAUAUCUACAAUGCAGCUACGUACAAUCGAAAUCUCAUACGUAGGAUUGUUUCAAAACCAGCCAUUGGGACACCAGCUCGUCCAGGGUUAGCAAUACCUACGUUUAUUUUUUCUCUCUAUGAUGAAAAUCAAAAGGAGGGUCCGGGCACAGAGAGGCACUGGGGUAUGUUAAACCCUAAUGGUAGACCGAUGUACGAUAUCGACUUGACAGGACAAACCCUAGAUACUGAAUUCAUUGAUUUACCUCAACCAACAAAUAAUGGACCAUAUCAUGGGAAGUUGUGGUGUGUGGUGACAAAUGAUACUAUGAAUGAAAUGGAUUUAGGACAAGCUUUGGAAUUUGCAUGUAGGAGAAAUGAAACUUGUGAUGAUAUUUCUCCUGGAAAAUCAUGUUAUCAACCUGUAUCUAUUGUAUCACAUGCAAAUUAUGCAUUUAGUUCAUAUUGGGCCAAGUAUAGGGAAGAUGGUGAAACUUGUUAUUUCAAUGGGCUUGCUGUUCAAACCAAUGUUGACCCAAGUCAUGGAUCAUGCAAAUUUCCAUAUGUUUCUCUUUAGUGAUAUAUUUACAUCUUAGAAGUAGAAUCUUUAUUAAUUUGGAGGGUUUGAAAUUUUGUAAGAAACUUUAUU